ACAAAUUUCAUUUUCAGCAUCAGUUAAAGAACGCUGUUCAAUCCAACAACACAAAAAAUUAAAAUGUAUCUCACUAAGGUCCUUGCCGUGAUCGCCUUUGUAGGCGUUUGCAAUGCUGCUCAUCAUUACUCCACCCAGAUCAAGCACGAAGUAAAGCACGAGUACAAACAUGAAGCGCCCAAGCAUGAAGAGCACAAGCAUGAAGAGUACAAGUAUGAAGAACCCAAGCAUGUGGAACACAAACACGAAGUGAAACACGAGGUGAAGCACGAAGUGAAACACGCAGUGAAGCACGAGGAACAUAAACACGAAACCGAGCACAAGCACUCUCAUAAGCCAGCUAUCUCUUACACCCACAUUGAGCGCCACGACGUGCCCUCUCAUCCCCCUAAGGACUUCCACAAACACGAUGGCCCUGCGAAGUACGAGUUCGAGUACAAGGUGCACGACGCCCACACCGGCGACAUCAAGCAGCACCACGAGUCCCGCGACGGGCACAAGGUGGAGGGCGCCUACAGCCUGCACGAGCACGACGGCUCCGUGCGCACCGUCAAGUACCACGCCGACAAGAAGACCGGAUUCAACGCCGAAGUGAAGCACUCCACCAAACACGUUGAAGAGAAGAAGCACCAUCACUAAAUCGAACAAAAUUACCUAGAUGGACGUCGAUGUAGUUUUAACUUAUUUAUUUUUGUUAUGUAGUCUUUACUAAUGACAAUAAAAAGUUUUAAAUGAA